AUGUCGGAAAGUACUGAAGCUAAGAAGCUGGCCCAGCGCGCAUUGGAAGAACAUGCACCAUUGAAAGAUGUUGAGCCUGACAUUGUCUCCAUCGAUGGGCAUCGCUUUCAUAUCAACUAUGGAGUGCCACAAGAGGUUACGGACAAACUAUAUGCGCUCUUUGAUCAGGAUGACGUUAAGUACGAGGAUAUACCUGAUGGCCUCAAGGCAUAUGAGGUGAAAGAAGAUUCGAAUGAUGGCAAUAUAGAGGAUCCUGGCAAGUAA